GACAAAUCUUAAGAAUGUACUUAGCAUCAACUAUCAAAAUAAAUUUUGUUGAAAUCAGUUUGUAAUUUAUAAAUCUAAUUUAGGACCAUGAUUAAACUGUUUUCUUUAAAACAGCAAAAAAAGGAUGAGGAAGGAUCAGCCCGAGCGGGCGGAUCACAAAAAAAAGCAUCAGCCGCACAAUUACGUAUCACAAAAGAUUUAAAUGAAUUAAACUUACCGAAGACGUGUAGCACAGAGUUUCCAGACCCAGAUGAUCUGCUUAAUUUUAAAUUAAUUAUAUGCCCUGAUGAAGGUUUUUACAGAGGAGGAAGAUUUGUAUUUAGCUUUAAGGUAGGACCAAACUAUCCACAUGAACCGCCUAAAGUGAAAUGUGAAACAGCAGUGUAUCAUCCCAACAUAGAUCUAGAGGGAAAUGUCUGCUUAAAUAUACUCAGAGAAGACUGGAAACCUGUGCUGACUGUGAAUUCUAUAGUAUAUGGAUUGCAAUAUUUAUUCUUGGAACCAAAUCCGGAAGAUCCAUUAAACAAGGAAGCUGCUGAUGAGCUCCAAAGCAACCGAAGACUUUUCGAACAGCACGUACAAAGAGCAAUGCGCGGCGGCUACGUCGGAUCCUCAUACUUCGAACGGUGUCUCAAGUGACAUAAUAACUCGGCUGUAAUAUAAUUAUCAAAUACACAAUUAAAUAAAUCUCUCACAUUCAUUUUGUACUGAA